GGCGCGCGCAGCGGAGAGCGGCCCAUGAGGAGAAGCUGAAUAACGGAAUACGGAGGCAAGGAGUCCGAUUUCGCGGGAAGGAAGUGGACGGGCUGAGGGGGAAAAGUGAAACAGGCAGGAAGGAGGAAUGGCAUGAUGUCAGAAGGCCUCAAUUUGCAGUCUCCACCAGUGAAGGUUCUGGCUGCACAGCUACAACAGUGCUAUCGGGACUGUGAUGGUUUAUGGCUGUUGGCUCGAAAAGAGUAUGGACGGCCCGCAUUGGCAGUUCCCCUGGUAUGGAUGCAGGGCACGAUACUGACUGUGGACCAGGAUGGCAAAGCGGUGAAGAUGCAAGAUGAAAGUGGCUCUUUCACGGUUCAGGGGGCAGACAAGGUCCCCAAAGGGCGGCCUUGCCUCAGUGCGGGGAAGUAUGUGAUGGUGAUGGGACUGGUUCUGUCCUGUAGCCCAGAGCCCAUCCUUCGAGCAGUGAAGAUGACCGCUCUUACGGACAGUGUCUUGCAUAGAAACAUGUGGGGGCUGGAAGUGGAGGAUUUACACAGAAAUCUCCCUUAGUGGUGGAGGCUGCUUCAGUACGCUUGCUUUCCAAAGAAACUGAAGUGCUGAAUAACCUUUUGAUUUUGCCUUUGAAAUAAAUUUUAAACUUUUUCUUUGGAGAACUCGAAUUAGCUGGAGAAAUCCAUCUACUUAAGUUACUGUAGGAAUUGAGAGCAGUGCGGACAGAGGAGUGCAUUUUUGAAUAGUGGACUAUUUCCAGAUAAGUCAAUUUGGAUAAAGCAGCAUCAGUCUGUACAGUGGAAGACUGAUUAAGAGUUGCCCCCAAUAAAAUAUCCAGUGAAAAAAUUA